UUACGAUAAUAUUUCAAUCUUAAAAUAUUCUUAGAAAGGAACAGAAGUCCAGCAUCGUCAUGCAGUAUUCUGCUUCUAAUCGUAUUUUCUUGAUAGUAUUAGUUGCAUUUAAUUUUCUUUCCGAUGGAGUUUUCUGCUGCGCGCCAAAUCCUCGGCCAAAUCCCCGCGAAAUACAAAUCCCCGUCAAAUCCCCGGAGAUUAUUACGCCGGAAGAAAAUGAUAAAACAUUUUUCAAUGGACAAUAUCUUCCUAUUGGCAGUUCCGGUAGUUGUCCAAGAAACAUGGUCCUUUUCGACGGACCGAACAAGCAAGGAUUUUGUGACUGCCUGAACAUUGCUAGGAAACCAGCAUUUUAUUCAGAUAAAACUGGCGAAUGUUUCUUUCACAACACUCGGGGUCCCUGCUCCGAUGGUGAAUGGUUUGUACUGAAAAAUGGUGAUCCAGUAUGCGAACCCGUUCCGGAAGGAUGUCCAGCUGACGGAAACCACUUCUACGGAACUCCGGACGAAACGAUGGCCAAACGGUGUUUGAAAUUAUGGGAAGAAGGACCGCCUUGUCUACCUAAUCACUAUUUGCAACUUAGAGAAGGACCAGAGUUAAAAAUAGUUUGUGAACGUAUCCAAGAGGCUUUCAUUACUGGAUUAUCUGCUGGAAUGAUGAGUGCGUGUCGGCCGGGCACUCUACGUAAUCGCUCUGGUCAUUGUUCUGGUAGUCCAUUCUAUGGUUAGAUCUUUAACUGAAACACAGAAAGACUAGCUGUUGGAUAAUCGAGUGUUAAAGCUAUUGUUGGAUCGGCAGCCAGCAUAUACUAUUUCUUCCUUUGAAAUAUAGUACAUAUAUAUAACUGGCGGUGUGUUGAAUAAACAAUUGAUGCCGUGGA